UUUUGUGAAAUGGACCGCGGGAAUCCCUUGCACAUUUUGGUUGGUUGCACUGGAAGCGUGGCCUCUAUCAAGAUACCUAAACUUGUAACAGGCCUUAAAUCGUUGCAAGCUAACGUAGACAAGAAGACCUGUGAAGUCAGUGUGGAGGUUGUUGCCACUGACCAUGCCUGUCACUUUUUUAAUCCAAAUGAAGUUGAUGUCAAAGUUCAUAGGGAUGCUGAUGAAUGGAGGUGGCAGAAACGUGGGGACCCUGUUCUUCAUAUUGAGCUUCGACGAUGGGCUGAUAUUCUCAUUGUAGCUCCACUUGACGCCAAUACAUUAGCCAAGAUGGCUAAUGGAAUAUGUGACAAUUUACUUACAUGUAUUAUCAGAGCAUGGGAUACAGAUAAACCACUGUUGGUAGCUCCUGCUAUGAAUACAUACAUGUGGGACCAUCCACACACAGCAAGGCAUAUCCAGGCAGUGGAGGAGCUAGGGUGUACAGUGAUACCCUGCAUAUCAAAGCAGUUAAUAUGUGGGGAUAGCGGCCUAGGUGCAAUGGCAGAGGUGAGCAGUAUUGUGGAAAAGGUGGAAGAAGUUUUUAUUGCCAGAGGAUCAAAAACGUGACAAACAUUUAAUACAUUAACAUUUGAUUCACUUCUGGUUGCCUCAUUAUAUUAUAUUAUAUUACAUGAAAUGCUUCAGUAUUGGUAUAAUAUAUUAACUUGUGUAAUAAAAUGUUUUAACAGAUCAGUUAUUUCAGUGAAAUAGUAUUUUCAGUAUCUGGAAUUCUUCAUUAAUUUAUUGCUUCCAAAAGUAGAUUUUUUUAAAAGUUUUAAAGUAGUAUAAAUACAAUUGAAAGACUGAUAAAACAUGUCAGAUUCUUAAACAUAUGAAUAUACACCUCGACAAUGUGUAAUUAACAAGGUGGUCAAGAUUGAAAAGAUUCAAUUUUGAGAUUUUUUUUACUGGGCAUGUAUUAAAAACUGAAACUCAAAGAGGUCUGCCAAUCCUGUGGUUUCUUUAUGUGUUAACCAUGGGCAUAUUGUUGGGAUUAAUAGGCUUGAUAUACUCAGUUAAUAAAGUGAGGUUACAGACUGAAGUAACUUUUAAAGUGGCAGUGUGUAAAUCUUACCUUUGGUUUUUGACAUUCAAAAAUGUUUUGAGAAAGGUUGUGUGGGGGUCAGCACAUGAAAGAGUGAAGUCUGAUGGUGUUCGAAUAAGAUUUUGGUAAAAAGUUAGUCAGGGUAUAUAGCACUUUGAAGUACUAACUCUGAAUGUUUUUACUUCUGAUUCUUGAGAGAAAACCCAAUGCAAUUCCAACAUUAUUUGAGUUUGUCUUUUUGAUGAGCUAUUCACAUCAGAAUUAAUGUAUGUAUGACGAUUUCAUUUUGGUGUGGCAAUUUAUGAUCAAAGGAUAUUUACAAGUGCAAUUUCUUUUUUCAUUUAUGUAGUCAAUGGGGGUUUGAUGAUAUACAUUUGAAAGGCACCCUUGCCUCUGUUUAUUACAAAACAUACUGUUGUAGAGAAAUAAAGCAUAGAGUAGGACUAUCUAUAUCAUGUUUAUAUUGAAAUAAUCCCUUUUUUUAAUUCAGUUAUUACUUUUUAGUCUGAAGGAUAUGGUUGAUAAGCAGACAGAAAACACAUAAUUAUUUUUGGAUUUUAUUUGGAAUGUUCUAUUUUUACUGAAAACAGUAGCUACUUUAGGGACACUGUCUUUUUAUUCUUUAAUACGUUAAUGGGUACUAUUGACAUUUGGCCAAAGUGUUUUUCUUAAUUUAAGUAACUUUUUAUAUUA